ACGGCUGCCUACGUACGGCUUUCGGGAGCACACCAAGGGUUGGUGUGUCUGUGUGUGGUUUGACUCUAUGCAAGCUUUCGUUUUCUUUCUUUUGUUUCUUUUCAAACGGCCAAGGAGAAACUUGUAUCGAAGAUGCUUUGGGCGCAAACAGGAGGGUGGAUUUGCAUAUCAACUAUGGUUUUUAAACUUUUUCUGUUCUAUUUUUACACGGUACUUGGGAGGAAUUUGACUCUGGAUGUUACAAGAACAUGUAACCUUGCAUCAGGACGAAGAUUUUUUUUCUGCUUUGGGGCUUGACUAUGUUCUGGUUUUCAUGAUACCCCAGGAGUCAUGGGCGGAAUGCUGGCAGGCUACCAGACGAAAUCUUUUAGCACAGGCAGCGAUUCUGACGCUUUCUUGUGCUGUUUGCUUUUUUUUCAUCUUUUUUCUUUUCCCCUCGUUUGUUGUUUAUUGCCUUGCUUUCAAGUCCUUUUUUUCCCUUUUCUUUUGUUCACAUUGGCAUUGGGAGGAUUUUGACGGAAUGGGUAUACCGGGCUGGGGCGGAGUUGUUUAUGACAAUCCCCCCUUUUUGUCGUCUGCUUUGCACGUUUCAGCUGCUCUUUUCUCGAUCUUAUCUUGUUCAUUACUUUCAUUAACUUGGUCUUUUAUUUGUCUCUCCUUUUACUUCUUAGUUUGUCCUUAGCGGAUGAUGUUUUGAUAUGAUCAUCUGUAUGCUUAGGCUCAGCAUUCAUUUUACGUACAUCACUCGUUUUAUCUCAAUGUCUUUUUGCAUGAGUGGCGUGGCAUGGCGUAGAUAGCAUUGUGAUUCAAGCUUUGCAUUUCCAAAUGCGAUGCUUUGUUGC